CCUCAGGCCUCCAGGAUGCCUGUCCCUUCCUCCUGGCCCCGCCCUCCUCCUUGCCUGCUGCUGACUCUACUGCUGGGCCUCCCAGCAGGGGCAGGUGCGGAGCUGCAGGUGAUUCAGCCUCAGAAGUCAGUGUCGGUCACAGCCGGAGAGAUGGCCACUCUGAGCUGCACUGUGACCUCCCUGACCCCGGUGGGGCCCAUCCUAUGGUUCAGAGGGACAGGGCCAGGCCGGGAGUUAAUCUACAGUCUCAGAGGAGGCCCCUCCCUCCGGGUAACAUGGGUUGCAGACACCACGAGGAGAGACAACUUGGACUUUUCCAUCCGCAUCAGUAACAUCACCCCAGCAGACACAGGGACCUACUACUGUGUGAAGUUCCGGAGAGGAGGUGGUGAUGACACGGAGCUCAAGUCUGGAGCAGGCACUCAGCUCAGCGUGAGUGGAGGGGCAGGUGCGGAGCUGCAGGUGAUUCAGCCUCAGAAGUCAGUGUCGGUCACAGCCGGAGAGACGGCCACUCUGAGCUGCACCGUGACCUCCCUGACCCCGGUGGGGCCCAUCCUAUGGUUCAGAGGGACAGGGCCAGGCCGGGAGUUAAUCUACAGUGCCAGAGGAGGCCCCUCCCCCCGGGUAACAUGGGUUGCAGACACCACGAGGAGAGACAACUUGGACUUUUCCAUCCGCAUCAGUAACAUCACCCCAGCAGACACAGGGACCUACUACUGUGUGAAGUUCCGUAGAGGAGGUGGUGAUGACACGGAGCUCAAGUCUGGAGCAGGCACUCAGCUCAGCGUGAGUGGAGGGGCAGGUGCGGAGCUGCAGGUGAUUCAGCCUCAGAAGUCAGUGUCGGUCACAGCUGGAGAGACGGCCACUCUGAGCUGCACCGUGACCUCCCUGACCCCGGUGGGGCCCAUCCUAUGGUUCAGAGGGACAGGGCCAGGCCGGGAGUUAAUCUACAGUCUCAGAGGAGGCCACUCCCCCCGAGUAACAAGUGUUGCAGACGUCACCAGGAGAGACAACAUGGACUUUUCCAUCCGCAUCAGUAACCUCACCCCAGCAGACACAGGGACCUACUACUGUGUGAAGUUCCGGAGAGGAGGUGGUGAUGACACGGAGCUCAAGUCUGGAGCAGGCACUCAGCUCACCGUGAGUGCCAAACCCUCUCGCCCUGUGGUGUCGGGCCCCACGGGCAGGUCGCCGCCUGGGCAGACAGUGAGCUUCACCUGCCAGUCCCACGGCUUCUCCCCCAGAGACAUCACCCUGAAAUGGUUCAAGGAUGGGAAUGAGCUCCCAGCCUCCCAGACCACCGUGCACCCAGAGGGAGACAGCCCUUCCUACAGCGUCUCCAGCACAGCCAGGGUGCGGCUGGCCCCGGGGGAUGUCCGCUCCCAGGUCAUCUGCCAGGUGGCCCACGACACCCUACAGGGGGACCCUCCUCUUCGUGGGACUGCCAACGUGUCUGAGGCCAUCCGAGUUCCGCCCACCUUGGAGGUCACCCAGGACACGGUGUCAGAGAAACAGAAGAAGGUCACCUGCCUGGUGAAGAACUUCUACCCCCGGCGCCUACAGCUGACCUGGCUGGAGAACGGGAACACGUCCCGAACAGAAACGGCCCCGACCCUCGUAGAGAACAAGGAUGGGACCUUCAGCGGGAGGAGCUGGCUCCUCGUGAAUCUGUCUGCCCACAGGGAGGAUGCGAUGCUCACCUGCCAGGUGGAGCACGAUGGGCAGCCGGCCGUCACCAAAACCGUCACCGUGGCGGCCCCUGCUCACCAGAAGGACCCAGAUUAACCCUCUGGCCCAGGACUAUCUACUCAGGUCUUCUUGGCUGUGCUCCUCGGCCUCCUGGGCUGCAAGGUGCUGCUGAUGGCUGGUGUCUCUGCCAUCUAUGUCCACAGGCAGCGGAGAGCCCGACU